CCAACACAAACCCUUCCAACCAAACACUAGUCAAUCCGUCACUCUCUCAUUUAUAUCUCGUACAUAACAAAAGCUUCGAUAAAAAGAAUUAGAAAGCAAGUAAGCAAGCAAUCAUGUCCAUCGCCCCAGGUGCCCGGAAAGCCACCUACUUCCACGACCCUUUCGCCCUCGACCCUUGGGACCCGUCUCCACAAUUCCGCCACCUUGGAGCGCCUUUCAGCUCCCCGGGGCUGCCGUGCCCUCACUUCACAGCCGAGACGGCCGCAUCGACGCUCACAACCGCGAGGGUCGAAUGGACUCAGACCCCGACUGCCCAUGUCUUCAAGCUCGACCUCCCGGGGGUCAAGAGAGAGGAGGUGACGAUCGACUUGGAGGAUGGUAGGGUGCUCAAGAUCACCAGCGAGAAGUGCCUCGAGAAGGAGGACCGGAGCGAUUGGUGGCACCGCGUGGAGCGAAGCGGGGGCCGGUUCAUGACGUCCUUCGUGUUGCCCGAGAAUUGCAAGCCUCACGAGACGGAGGCAUCCAUGGAGAAUGGGGUGCUCACGAUCAAGGUCCCGAAGCUCGAGUUGCGGAACGGGCAGGGAGGAUCGGUUCGCAUCGCCCUCCGCUAGGACGACUGCAAGUUUGAUGAAUUUAGUGAGGACACUUGUUUAGCAGUCCUGUAAGUGCUCACCAUAAUACUUAUGUUUCCGCGAACAGCCAAAUAAAUUGUUGGUUGCCCUAAAACUAAGGUUAAGUAAAGCAUA